AAUUAUUAUAGCAGUAAUUAAUAACAAUUUAUUUUAUAAAAUUAUAUACAAUGAAAGUGUUGUGUUUGUUGUCGUUAUUGUAUUUAUCGGUUAAUUCAUUGCCAGCCAAUGAGUUUACUGGUAAGAAGUGGGUUGUAUUGGUAGCUGGGUCAAAUACCUGGGAUAAUUAUAGACAUCAGGCCGACAUAUACCACGCGUAUCAUACAGUGAGAGCAAAUGGUAUCGCGGAUGAAAACAUAAUUGUCAUGCAUUACGACGAUAUCGCUAACAACAAGCAAAACAAAUACCCGGGAAAGGUAUACAACGCACCCACCGGUCAUAACGGCACUGAUGUCUAUCCGGGAGUACCCAAGCAUUACACCGGCGAAGACGUUAACCCAGAGACUUUCCUGAAAGUAUUGGCCGGCGAUGAGGGCCUUAAAAAGGCGGGCAAACGGGUGCUGGAAAGCGGACCUAACGACCACGUGUUUGUAUUUUUUGAUGACCAUGGUGCUCCCGAUGUUGUGUGCUUCCCGCACAAGGAUUUAAAGGCAAUGGAUUUGAUUGAUACUUUAAAGCAAAUGCACCAUGAUAAGAAAUACGCCAAAUUAGUUUUUUAUAUUGAAGCGUGCGAAUCAGGCUCAAUGUUUUACAAAAUAUUACCCACCGACAUCAACAUUUACGCCACCACUGCCUCCAAGCCCGACGAGGGAAGCGAUGCUUGUUAUUAUGACAAGGAUAUUAAAAAUUAUUUAGGCGAUACGUAUAGCGUUAACUGGAUUAUCAAUACAGAGUCGGCCACAAAAGCGACCACAUUUCAGGAGCAGUUUGAUUACGUUAAGGCAAAUACACCCAACUCUGUUCCCCAACAAUAUGGUGAUCUAUCAAUUGCUAAACUACCUAUCUCGCUAUUUUUGGGUUCAAGAAAAAAUCCCCAACCAAUUGGACCCAUAAAUGUCAAUAUUAACCGAGAUGUGGGCCGUAAUAGAGACGUACCGUUAUUGUUGGCCCAAAAAAGUGGUGAUUUUGAGAGAUAUCAACAAUUAGUGACCGGAAGACAGUUUGUGGACAAUAUGUUCAGUGAAUACGUGAAUAGUAUUCAACACUUAAUGAACGCAAACAAUGAUGUCUUCAAUACUAGACUAGAGCUCAAUAACAGAGAGUGUUAUCACAACUUUGUCGACACUUUCAAAGAACAAUGCCUUCAAAUCACCAAGCAUACCUACGUUUUGGGCAAAUUAUACACAUUUGUUAACAUUUGUGAGCAAAUCAAUGACUUGAACGCUGCCAAAGCCCUCAACCAAUUGAUCCAAUACUGUCAACAAAAUUUACCUAAUGGUUACCCGAAUGCUAUUUUGUAACAUUAAUAUACCU